AUGAAGGAAACAUCCAAACAUAUCGUCGAAGUCCUUAACAAGACAAAGAAGGAACUAGAAAUAAAACGACACACCAGAUCCGGAAACAAGGACCUGAGGAGAACCCUCAUUAUCUCAAGCCCAUAUCGUAAGUUAACCCCCAACAGGAAAAAAGAGAAGAAGCACAAACCCACGAGACGACUCAUCACGACCAUAUCUGUCGAAAUAAAAAGACAAAGGACCAGCCAGGACUAA